AUGUGCGAUUCAAGUGUGAUCUAUUUGGUCCAUGCCUUCCCUGUGAGGAAUCAGCAACUUUUGAGGCUGGAGACUUACUCCGAGCCGGGCCCAAACAAGAUUUGUCUCGUCAUAACUGUGAUGUGGCUCGUGAGAUUCGAACUGGUCUACUUUUCAGCAGUACAAGAGUUUCCUCCAGAAGGUGCGACUGACUACUUGGCACAUCUGCUGCGAAGGAGUUUCCAAGUAAUCAAUCAAUUCACAACCAGUUCUGUUUACGACGAAAGAAGCAAAUGCUGUCUCAUCUGCGUUAAAAGAGAUUUUGGUUCUGAGCAACACUCUGGCAUGUUGCACCGCAGUUGGAUUGGUUUCAAAAUGCAAUUUCCUUCAAAAGAAGUUGAUCCGGAAAUCAGACUACCAGCAUCACUAUUAUAUUUAGCAAUGUCAGGACUUGUGGAUAUUUGGACAAGUGAGCUUGCCAAGCUACGUGAAAAGGGUCAGAAUAUUUGGUCAAGUGGCUCGAGCCCUACUGAUACUGCUGAGUCAAGCAAAGUGGUUCCAGGAGAAGAAGGAAGCUUGCGCCUGGCCAAAACAUUACCUGCUUUAAUCCGAGGCAUGCGAGUCAAUUCACCUGUGUUGGCAUAUUCUGAGGCUUCACUUUCAAUGCUUAUCGACUGCUUUAGUGCUUGA